GAACUUUCUUUCUUGCUAUAGUUGCAGACACAGUCCCCACAAUCACAUUAUAUCCAAUCACAACUCAACAACAUCAACUUCACUUUAUUUUAGGCUCAAAAAUCUUGGAAUUUUGUUUAAAUUCAUUCCUUCAACCAUCCUCACUUGCUUUUCAGCAACACCUCUUUCUUCCUUCAGGAUCCUAUAAUUAUUUUUUCUGCUCAGUUCCUUUCUUUAUUAUUAUUUCUUCUCCUUUCCUUGUUACACAGACAAGGAAAAAGGGAGAAAGAACAAGUUUUUUUUUUCCUCUCCAUCUGAAUAAGUCUUUCUCUGUUAUCUGUUGCUCUCAAACUCUUGACUCUCUCUUUUGUUUCCUAAUUGGGUUAACACUUAUCACAUUCAUUGUGUUUGCGUUCUCCUCUUGCUUUUCCAUUUUUUUUCUCCCUGAAAAGUUUCAUUUCUUUUCUGGGUCAUUGCUGCUUUUUGUGAUCUUGUUAGAAUUUAGACCAAUUGAGUCACGGAUAAUAGUUUUCAUUCAUCAUCAUCAAUUUGGAGCAUUCUCUCUGAUCUUUUUGAUCAAGUGGGUCUUUUCUAGAUUCCUGACGGUCUUCUACUCUCAGAGAAAGGUAUUCUGGUUUCCUUCAAAAUGUUUGUGGGUUUAUCCUUGAUAUUGUUCUUGUAAAACUUCAACUUCUGUUUUCAUUUCUCUUUGAUUUAUCUUCCUUAGUUUUCAAUUUUCCUGUCAAUAAGCCCAAAUUUGAUUGUAUGAACUUGUAAACUGAACUGAUGAAGUGGGAAACUGUAGCCCUUUCUCCUACACCUUGUUCUCCAAACUCCAACACCAAUUGGUUGCUGGAAAAUAACAGGAGCACAAAAUGGACUCCUGAAGAGAACAAACUCUUUGAAAAUGCUCUUGCAGUGCAUGAUAAAGAUACUCCAGAUCGGUGGCACAAAGUGGCUGAAAUGAUUCCUGGAAAGACAGUACUUGAUGUGAUCAAGCAGUACAAAGAACUUGAAAUUGAUGUUAGCAAUAUAGAAGCUGGGUUAAUCCCUGUUCCUGGUUAUAGCACUGCUACUUCACCCUUCACCUUAGAUUGGGUGAACAGUCCUGGUUAUGAUGGGUUCAAAGGAAGUGGAAAGAGAUCAUCCUCAGCGAGACCUCAUGAGCAGGAAAGGAAGAAAGGAGUGCCUUGGACUGAAGAUGAACAUAAAUUGUUUUUACUGGGUCUGAAGAAAUAUGGGAAAGGUGAUUGGAGAAAUAUUUCUCGCAAUUUUGUGAUCUCUAGAACCCCAACACAAGUGGCUAGCCAUGCUCAGAAGUACUUCAUAAGGCAACUUUCAGGAGGCAAAGACAAGAGAAGGGCCAGCAUACAUGACAUAACAACAGUGAAUCUGACAGAAACAUCCACAACUUCUUCAGAAGACACCAACAGAUCCACCUCACCACAUGUGCUCUCACAGCAGCAGCAGCAGCAGCAGCAGCCAAAUUCUACUCCAACUACACCCACAACUCAUUUUCAGUGGAGUAAUCAGUCAAGCACAGGAAUAGCUAUGACUUUCAACCCUGCUCAUGAAAGAGUCUUCAUGUCUCCUUAUGGUGCUAACUCCUUUGGGGUUAAAAUGGAAGCACAGAAUCUGCAUAACGAGUCUUCUUACUUGGGACCUCAGACGCAGAACAUUGUUUUCCAAAUGCAACAGUCCUCACAACACUAGUCCCAUGCAUCAUUUAGCCCUUGUUGUAGUGAAUUAUUAAUGGAUGGAACCAGAAUCUUCUGUCCAUUUCAAUAAGUACAGUGCUUGAGUUGAGCUUUUUCCCCGAGUUUCAUGUGAAUAUAUCCUAGAAUGUUGGUUAGUAAUGAACUUGAAGGAAGGUACAUACAUUUGUUUCUUCAGCAAAUAAACACUUCUUGUAAGGAGAGUGGCAGGCAACCAAGUCCACAACGUUGAGUCUUUCUUGGUUUUCUAUGUUGUCUAAUAAUAAUGGAUUUCAAGC